UGGCCUAUAGUGGACACCCUAACAAUUGUUUUAAGGGCAUGAGAGGAGUGCAGCAUUGCCACAGAUGUGGAUGGCCUUUUCCAAAGCCACACACUAGUUCUAAGCAUAGAAGAGCUCAUAAGAGGGUUUGUGGGACAAUUGAAGGCUACAAAAUCAUUCAUUCCGAAAAUUAUUUGGCGGUUUCAGACGAUGACCGUGACUCUGACGACGAUGAAUAUCACACCCCAAGUCCGAAGAAAAAUGCUUUGAGCAGUGGCGGAGAAAGUGGGAAGUCGAACAAAUCAGAAGAUGAUGUGUUUUCUGAUGCAGCAAUGGAGUUUUCAGACAGUGGGAUUAGUCCUCAGUUAGAGGCGCACUUUGACAGCGUGAGGGAAUUGGAGAAUAAUAAGGGCGUGGAAGGUGAUGUUUACGGGAAUGGGGAGCUGGAUAUCGAGGAAACUGCCGAAAAAACCGAACAAUCCAAUGAUGCAAGGAGUGAGGACCUGUCUCAGACGGAAGUAGCCGCCCAGACAAUGUAAUACCAAUAACAGAUACUUCUGCCGAAAUGGUUUCUGUUGGACACUUAAAUGAUUCACAGCCUGAAAGUGGUCUUCGAGGUGAGAUGGUACGUAGACCUGAUGCCAGUGUCCCAAGUGCAAGAACUUGGCUCAGAUCCUGUUUCUUUGGACCCUGAAGAAGGUACCAUUCUGGAUCAAACAAUAGCAGCAGGUGGAAGUCGAGAUGAAUUGCGUGAUAAGUUUCUUUCUGAUGGGGCCAAUGAUGAGGUUCACAGUGCAGUCCAUUCUGUCGAAAGAAGAGUCUUCAUCAAAAUGGCUGAGGUUGCCCUUGUCGAUGAGACUCAUGAAAUCGAAGAUGCUUCUGAUGUAGAUAAAGACCUCUCUCAUUCUACUGAAAUCAUUGGGUCCACUAAAUCUGAUUAUAAAUAUAAUUUACCAGAAGAAAGUCUGUUGAGUACGUCUUUGGUUUAGCCUGACGAGAGAAUAACAGAAGCUUUAGAUGUUACAGAGCAAUCUGAUCGGGCUUGUAUUGUCUCCUAAGAUGCCAAAAACCAGCUCAGAUGCAAGUGAUGGAGGGAAGGUCUUACAUGGCAGAUGGUUAUGAUAGUCCAAACCAAAGCCUGGAAUCCUAAGAACUUGAAUUCUGUUGAUGCAAGUUCCGCCCUUGGCUUCAUAAAUGGUGAAGAUAAUACCAUUACAAUGGAAAAGAAAGAUGAGGAUCACUGUGAAGAAAACACUAACUUCGAAACUUUAAACGAAAAGGGUAAAGGAGUUUCGACAGAAGUAGAAGUAAUCCCUGAUUUUACAGUGCCUUUACAAAUACCGACUUAUUUUCCAAGUUCAUGUGUAGCUGAUGGAGAUGCAAAAAGUUUACAAGUUUUAUCGGAAAACAAUCCAAGUUCAUUGGAAUUCAAACUCAGAGAUGAUGGCUCUGAGAGUUCCAUGAAAGGGGAUGCUUCCGGUGGAACAGAUUCUGAGGUGAAUGAAAUUGGUUACAAGAGUUCUUCCGUGGAACACCCGGUGUUGCUGGUAACUUCACAGAUGCAGAAUAAUGCCCAUGUGGCAACGAAUGUUGUUGAAGUUGAGCCUCUGGAUGUUGCUGAAACUGUUUCAAAAGUAGAUGGAAAUGCAGUUUUAGUAUCAAUUUCUGAGGCAAAUGGAAGCAGUGACCAUAGUGUUCCUCCACGAAUUCCUCUGUAGAACACCCCGUGCCACCAGUGGCUUAUGAGCUGCAGAAUAAUGUUCAUGAGGCAACGACUGUUGACGAGUUAGAAGAUGUUAAUGCAGUUUUAGUAUCAGCAACACUCAAUUUCGACAGAAUCUACUCUGCCACUCUCUAAUUCGGUGCUGUUGAGAGACAGCACUGCUAAAGAUGGUACCAGCGUCGCAGAAAAUUAUAAACCAUCAGAAUCAAUUGCCAACACUGAAGUGACUGCUGAGGAUCAUGAAAGUAAUGUCGAAUCAAGGGAAAUUUCAGAAAGCCCUACCCCAAGUGCUCAAGGAGCUUUCCCCACAAGCACAUGUUUGGAUGGUACUUCAUUGAAUGUCAAGCAGUUGCUCUCCAGUGAUGAUCUUUGCAUACUAAACUACUCUGGUGACAUUAUUUCUAGUGAAGAACAAUAUUUUGAUGACAAGGUUUUAAAAAAGUCUUCUGAAGCUCCAAGUUUAAAACAGCCAGUCCAGUAGCUUCACUGUCCGAUGUUGAAGUUAUCCAUGCAACCUCUGAUACGGUUGAUGAUAAGACUGUCGUUAUUGUUGGAGAUGUCACCAGGGUCAAUGCAAAGUAUGUGAUUACUGAAGCUGAAUGCAAGCCAACUAAGCUACAGGAAGAUGCAUCUGCAGCUGAUAUAUCCAGUAGUGUAGCUAGCCCGGUCUGACAGCCUGGAAGCGAACUGUGGAUCAGUAGUUUCAGAUACAUUAGAAACAAAUUCUCAGGAGCACAAAAUCCAUUCCAACAACUCAGAUACAUUUGAACCUCAAUCUUUCAUGACAUUGGUUCGAACCGGGAGUGGAGGAGAUCAAGUUACUACUGCUGCUGAAAACAAUCAACAACCAAAAUCUGAUGCUCUUGAAGCCGGCUGGUUCCCUUCUCCAACAAACAUAGUCAACGAAUCCAAAGGCAGAAAGAAAAACGAGGAAAUCAUAGCCAAAGAAACAAACUGGAGCCCAGUAAAGCAGCAGCAGCACAGCCCUCUCAAAAGUCUCGUAAACGAAGUUAAGUCACCAAACACGAAACAAGUGCAGAAAGUCGAGGCUGAGACUAAAGAUGACAAAGUGGGGGUUGUUUCUUCAGAAGCACACACAACCAAGGAUCAGGAUACCAACAAGCACGUUGAGAAGUGGCGAGAUACUCGGUUGAGAUCAAGAAAGAGAAGAAGAAAGGGCGACCGUUUUGGGUUCCAUUUGUAUGCUGCUCUUCUGCACAUAGGGACCAAUGAUCCUAGUCUUUUCUCUAUAUUUGAUUAGUGUGUAUGUUUACAGUUAAGUAUUGAUUAUAGUUAACUAAAUUGUGGAGAGUCUUCAAUGUGGUAACUCGAAAUUAUGAAAUAUUUUGUCUUCCAGUUGAGAGUUUCUUUGAUGGUUGAUGGAGAUAUAAA